AUGGCGGCGGUGGUCGGCGUCCUCGCGCUGCAGGGCUCCUACAACGAGCACAUGGCCGCGCUGAGGAGGAUCGGGGCCAAGGGGGUGGAGGUGCGGAAGGCGGAGCAGCUGCUUGGCAUCGACUCCCUCAUCAUCCCCGGCGGCGAGAGCACCACCAUGGCCAAGCUCGCCAACUUCCACAACCUCUUUCCUGCACUUCGAGAGUUUGUCGGCACAGGAAAACCCGUAUGGGGAACCUGUGCUGGGCUCAUCUUCCUUGCUAACAAGGCAGUAGGGCAGAAAACAGGAGGCCAGGAGCUUGUUGGUGGACUAGAUUGUACUGUCCACCGUAACUUUUUUGGUAGCCAGCUUCAAAGCUUCGAAACAGAACUUUCAGUGCCAAUGCUUGCAGAGAAGGAAGGAGGGAGUCAUACAUGCCGUGGCGUAUUUAUACGAGCACCUGCUAUCCUAGAAGUAGGCCAGGAUGUUGAAGUAUUAGCCGAUUGCCCUGUUCCUGCUGGCAGACCCAGCAUUACAAUAACAUCUGGCGAGGGUUUGGAGGACCAAGUGUACUCCAAAGAUCGGGUGAUUGUUGCAGUUCGGCAAGGGAACAUCCUUGCCACCGCAUUCCACCCAGAGCUAACAUCAGACUCUAGAUGCAUCGCCUCUUCUUGGACAUGGACAAAGAAUCUCAAGCAAAGGCCUUGGCUGCGCUAUCGCUAUCUGCAUCCUCAAACGAUGCAGAUGUUGGGUCGAAGAAUAAGGCUCCUGAUCUACCCAUUUUCGAGUAGAGCUAGGAAACCCGAAAUUUGA